AGCAUGUGACCACGCCGCGCGGGGCCGGGCGAGCAGUGCCGCGCGGUGGCGGCGGCGGGGAGAGCAAUGGAGGCCGCGGCCGCCUAAGAGGCGGGUGCGCUCCUAGGACUGCUGGGCGGGCUGCUGGUGUUGCGGGGCCGCAGCGGGCUGGGCAGUCGCGUCUGCCGCCCGCGCGGGACCGCUCGUCACUGUCCAGCCGCUCUUCCAGCCUCGGCGCCGGGCAGGGACCUCAGUUCACAAGAGCCGUGAUUCCCAGGCUUUCGAGAAAUGUACCUCAUUUUCUGGCGCACUCACCACUGAAGGUGAAUUCUCCUUUUGACAAGAAAAUUUUGGUGGAGGCUACCCAACAGGGAAAGCACACGUGGCUAUUAAGACAAAAAGAAGGGAGGCAAGUUCCAGCCUUUUAAGAAGUUGUUCGGCAAAAGGAAAAAGAAAGACACUUCGUUUUCCCGGGAGGCGUCAGCAGGAAAGAAGAGUCACUCUCCUCCGAGCAUCAGCAAUGGAACCUUCUCUUCUGACGAGGAGACCCUGGAGGACAAUCUAAGGUCCUUCAACUAUUCUAUGGGAACCCGGGCGUUUUCCCAUGACAGUAUUUUUAUCCCUGAUGGGGGAGCAGAAAGUGAGCAGACAGUUCAAGCAAUGUCACAGGACAACAUCCUGGGCAAAGUCAAAACUCUUCAGUCGACUAAGCAGUAUGUUCCUGCGACAGUUGGGCAAGAACAUCAAGUUUGGGCAGCCGCCACCCAGUGCCACUCCCAUGAAGAAGGCAGACAGUGGAGAGGCUAGCUUAGAAGAGGACCUGUUCCUGGCCAGUCCCAUGGAGAUUGUCACUCAGCAGGACAUCGUCCUCUCCGACUCCGAGAACAAAUCUAGUGACACACCAGGUUCUCUGAGUCCUCUGAAUCUGCCUGGAGCCAGAAGUGAGAUGGAAGAGAAGGCAGCUCCAGUUAAACCGUCUCGGCCAAAAAGGCACUUCUCUUCUGCUGGCACCAUCGAAAGUGUCAACCUGGAUGCCAUCCCCCUGGCCAUCGCUCGCCUAGACAACAGUGCCGCCAAGCACAAACUGUCCGUCAAGCCAAAAAACCAGAGGGUGUCAAAGAAGCACAGGCGACUUGGACUUGCCAGGGAUCGAUCAAACGAACAAGGUGGCCUUCUGAGUCAGCUGCCCCUGGACCAGAACGGACACCCUGCAGAAGACAAGCCAGUGUGGCAUGAAGAGGAGCCAGAACCACUGGACUCCGAGGAAGAAAAGAGACGCCAGGAAGAAUACUGGCGAGAACUGGAGGCCAAGUGCAAACGGCAGAAGGCUGAAGCAGCUGAGAGGAGACGCCUGGAAGAGCAGAGGCUUCAGGCCCUGGAGAGGAGGCUUUGGGAAGAGAACAGAAGGCAGGAGCUCUUGGAGGAGGAAGAGGAAGAGGAGGGAGAGGAGAGAGAACCACAGCUACAUGCCGGAAAGAGGCAAUGCAUGGAGGAGAGACAGAGGCUGGAAGAGCAAGGUGGCAGAGGCCAGGAGCAGAGGGAGCAAGAGGAAAGAAGACCCCAGGAAGUGGAGGCUCAGAGGCAUCUGGAGGAACAGGUUGAGCCCCAGCAGGAAGAGCUGGAGGUGCAGAGCAGGCAAGAGGCAGAGAAGCAACGGCAGGAAGAAGAGAAAAGAGAGUUGAAGGAACUCCGAAGACUGGAGGAGCAGAGGCAGCAGGAAGCUGAGAAGCAGCGGCUGGAGGAAGAGGAGAGGAAGAGGAGGCUGGAGGAGCAGAGGCAGGAGGAAGCUGAGAAGCAGAGGCUGGAGGAAGAGGACAGGAAGAGGAGGCUGGAGGAGCAAAGGAGGCAGGAAGCUGAGAAGCAGCAGCUGGAGGAAGAGGAGAGGAAGAGGAGACUGGAGGAGCAGAGGCAGCAGGAGGAAGAAGAGAAACGGAUGAAGGAGCUCAGAAGGCAGGAGGAGCUGGAGGAGCAGAAACGGCGGGAGGAGGAGGCGAAGAGAAGGGAAGAGCUGAGAAAAAGGCAGGAGGAGAUGGAGGCACAGAGGCUGCGGGAAGUGGGAAAGGAGCCUCAGGAAGCCCUGAGUGUGGAGGAGAGUCAGCUGCAGUCGGACAGCAGGAGCCCACUUCAGAUUGACUUUGCUGAAAAACCAGAACAAGAACACCUGAAACCCGAGAGGCCAAGAGAAAAGGCUGAGGAACCAGGUGUUUGCGAGAAGCAGAGCCAGGAGGCUGAACCAUCAGGAGAGCAGCAGGGAAAGCAGAGGGAUGUUCACGGGCAAGAUGGUUGUGUCCAUCAGGAAAAGGAAAGAGAAGCUAACAUAUCCCCUCACCAGAAACGAGGGGUGCAAGUGAGAGAGAUGCUGGGUGCCCUGGAGAAGAAAGAAGCUGCCACCCUAGAAAAAGACAGAAAGGGGGAGGAACUCAGGUGGCAGGAAGUGGACGAGAGGCAGACCAUGCCCAGACCCUAUACUUUCCAGGUGUCAUCAGGUGGGAAACAAAUUCUCUUCCCCAAAGUCAACCUGAGCCCUGUGACACCCAUGAAAGACACAGAACUUGCCUCUCCUCCCCACGAGCCAAAGGCUGCCAAAGCCAGCCCUGCCUCCCACACUCUGCCCUCAUCACUGAGCAUCCCUCACACGGCCAUUCUGGUCACAGGAGCACAGCUGUGCGGCCCAGCUGUCAACCUGAGCCAGAUCAAAGACACAGCCUGCAAGUCUCUCCUGGGUUUGUCAGAAGAAAAGAAGCAUGUGGAUGUCCCCACUCUGGAGAAUGCACCCCAAGCCCCCACUGACCCCAAGGCAGGCAGCAGAAAGGCCAGGCCCCCCCAGGAGUCCUCGAGCAGUGUAGCUGCACUGGCUGAGUGGGCUUCCAUUCGCUCCAGAAUCCUGAAGAACUCAGAGAGUGACCAGUGCAGCAAGAGAGACCAGUCUCAGCCUGGUGAUGAGCACCCCCCCAGGGGCCGAUGUGAUUCCCGGGGGAACCUCCGGAAGACUCCACCAGUGAAUGCGAAGUUCUCUAUUAUGCCUGCCUGGCAGAAAUUCUCUGAUGGGGGCACAGAGACCUCCAAACAGAGCACGGAAGCUGAAGGCAUUAGAAAAAGACCCGUGUUGGGAGCCAGUGAGGAGACAGCGCCCCUGCCCCUGGCUGCUGAUAUCAGUGAGCACCAGAAGGCCACAGAGAAUCUGGGGGUGCACCAGGAGCCAGCGGACACCACUGAGGGAUGCAAAUUUGCCAAAGACCUUCCAUCUUUCCUUGUUCCAAGCCCUCCUUACCCUCUGCAGAAAGCAGUGGCCCACACAGAGCCUGCGACCUUGUCGGAUAAUGAGACCACCAGUGGCGUAGGAAAGCCAGACGCCAUGAUGCCAGGUGGGGAGGAAAAAGCCUCACCUUUCGGAAUAAAGUUGAGAAGGACCAACUACUCCUUGCGCUUCCACUGUGACCAACAGACAGAACAGAAGAAGAAGAAAAGGCACAGCAGCAUUGGGGACAGCGUCGACGGGGUGCUGCCUGCACCAGGGAGCACAAAUGGAGAGAAAGAGACAGAAGGUGUGGCCCUCAAGCACGGCCCUUCCCUUCCCCUGGAGAGGAAGCAAGCCCCGCCCACCUGGAAGGACUCUGCUGAAAGCCCUUCCAGCCACUCCCCUGCAGCCCAGCCCGGGCCCCCACCAGUCAGCCUCCAGACCCCGGCUCCAGAGCACAAGGCAGCAAACAGAAUGCCAGUGGUGCAGAAGCCAGCCCUGGCACCCAAGCCCGCCGAUAAGACCCCACCGCCCUCCCCACUCUGCAAACUGAGCAGGCCCUACCUGGGGGAGCUGCUGGCUCGGCGGCCGGGGAAGCCUGACCCGGGGUCCAGUGAGCCAUGCAAGGAGAGCCAGGAGAGCGGUGACCCUUGGCCACCCUCACCGCCACCCCCUGAGGAGAGGAAGGCCCAGAGGAGGGAUAAGGAGGAAGAGAUGGAAACAGAGAGGAAACCUGCUUCCCCAGUUCUGCCUGCUGCCCAGCAAGAGAAGCCUCCCCAGACUCCCGAGGCCGGGAGGAAAGAAAAGCCAGUGCUUCAGAGCAGACACUCUCUAGAUGGCUCCAAACUUGGGGAGAAAGCUGAAACGGCGCAGCCACUGUGGAUAACGUUAGCACUGCAAAAGCAGAAGGGCUUUCGGGAGCAGCAAGCUACACGGGAGGAGAGGAAGCAAGCCAGGGAGGCCAAACAGGCGGAAAAGCUCUCCAAGGAUCCCGCCGGCAUCGGUCCACCGCCAGGAAGCAGCAGUGUGAGCAGAGCCGGGUCCCUGCACAAGGCCUUGGCUCAGCCGGAAGAGAAGAAACCGGAGACAGCAGGGUCCAGGCUGGAGCGCAGAGACCAGCUGAAAAAGGCCAACACCCUCCCGACAUCUGUGACAGUGGAGAUCUCGGAUUCGACCCCCCCAGCGCCGCUGGUGAAAGAAGUCACCAAGAGGUUCUCCACCCCAGACGCUGCCCCUGCAUCCACAGAACCGGCCUGGCUGGCUUUGGCCAAAAGGAAAGCCAAGGCCUGGAGCGACUGCCCGCAGAUCAUUAAGUAAAGAGUGACUCUUGUCCAUCCUGUUCCUGGUUCUUGGCUCCUCUCUUGCCCUUUUUAUUUAUUUAUUUUUUUAUAUGCGGUAAAGAAACCAAGCUAGGGAAAAGCAGCAUGUUUUAUAGGCUCUGAAAUAAUGUUUAGAAACACAACUGGUGGUGUUCCUUGUAAACAGUGUAUUUGCACAACCCUAGGUCCUGGUGCCUUGAGCUCCUCCUCGUUCUAAAGAGACAGUUCUGUCCGAGGGACCACACGAGGCAAAACCUGCAGACGCAGAACCCCUCAGGAGAGCCUGCCACGCCCACUCCGCAGCCUCCCCCACACACGCCCACACUCCCUCGAACACGUCCUUUUGCCAAUCUUUGUACUGGUUUUUUGACUCUAUACUCCAAUUUCUUUUAUCCAAAACAUCUACCCUGCCAUAUGUCUGGGGGUUUCUACCUUUUUCUACGGUAAUGGUGGGAGGAUCAUACAGAGAUAGAAAUGAGGACGCCCAUUCUCCGGAACAUAGCGACUAACUAGGAAGUGCGAGUCGCAGCCUGCCUCCCAGCUCUGCUCGCGUCUGGUUUCCCUGAAUUUCGCCCACCUGACACUGCGAUACGGAAAGCGAGUCCGCCCACACUUCCACCGCACCGUUGAUCCACGGGCCCCACAGUACCAGUACUCUCCCUCAAGGACGCGUUAAACAUUUGGCCCAUUUGGCCCCUAGGGAACAUUUUUAUUUCAUACGAUAAAGGAAGCUACAGAUUCUCUUUCCGAGAAGCCCCACCUAGUGCAGUUGCUCUUAAGACGUCCAGGCUCCACCUGAGGCCUACUGUGAGGAGAGGGCCAGAAAUGCAUAUUCUGGCAAAAACUCUUCACACGAAUCCUGUUACAUCCCAAAGGCCUAGAACCUCGGGACACACUGCUUCUAGUGUAAUGUAGUUCUUAAAACUCUGAAGGGGAGACUCAUUUCACCCAGAGAAGCAAAAGUGAGACAAGAAAAAUAAUAACGCCCCCUCCUCCAGCCAGCUCUUUAUUACAAGGUACAAGAGGCUAGUGACAUUACGUGCCUCUGAAAAGCCCCUAAAUCUUUAGGGAAAGUUAACAGGAAGGUGAGAUUUGGAGCCUUUGUACUGAGAACCUCCUGCAGAAGUUCCUUUCUUUCCCAUAAUCGAGUAACCCAUACUUACAGUCAACUAUUCGAUAGCAUUUGUAAUUUAGAGCAUUCACCACGCUACCUUUGAAAAACAUCUCGGAGUUUUAAGUGGCCUUGUUAUCAUUACACAUGCAAUACACAGAAGGGACCUGGCAAUUUAAAAGCCACAUACAUUCUUCCAUUUCCCGAAAUUUGCUUUACGUGAAACAGUCACACGGCAAGCCCACACAUCGCUGCUACUAACUUGACAUUCCACGGUGUUGGCCUAUUCCCAUUUCCUUCACUUCUGACCCCAAAGUAGAAGUACAAAUCUUUUGCCCAGUCCAGGGAGAAAUGCAUACUUUUUCCUCCCCUACAAAAACACAUUUUAUUGUAUGUAUUGUUAUUUUCCUUUAUGUUUACUCAAUAGACAAUGUGCUGUUAUUCUGUGCUGUUAUUCUAUCAUUUACCUUAAAGAAUGACAGCAAACUUACUUACUAUACAGAAGGCAUUUUCUUUCUGCAAAUGAUGGCUCCGCCUUAUGGUAGCAGCUAGGAUAUGUGGUCGUACGGAUAGCUGUACUCUUACAAGUUGGAUUUUUAUAGAUAUAUACUGGACCUCCAGUUUGUUAAGAAUCAGUGUAACUAAUUUUGUGUUGCUAUGGAGAGCAAUAGUCCAUGCACAUUUUCCAACUGAUACUCAUUUCCAAAUCAAAUAUGUAAGCAUUUGUUAGUUUCGAUGAUUUCCUCACUAAUAUAACACUUUUUAAUAGGAAUUUUUCCACCUAGAGUCCUGUGCUACAGUAAUUCUUCUGAAUUGACCUUUUCAUUCAUCCUAUCAGCCUUAGAUAAUAUCAGAGUAAUGGCAGAGAACAAGCAAAGCAGUCGGACGUAUUAACCAAGAAUGGUGGACGAGUCCGCUGCCCUGGCUCACCUCUGGCAAGGCCCAUACAAAGUAAGAGAAACGCCACUGUGGAAGUUUCCUCCCAGUCUUGACAGGAGAGCAUACUGCGGAAGGCACGGUGACAGCACUGACUUCCCACGACUCCUAAAGGCUACAUGUUUAAUAUUUCACAUAAAAAUACUCCAGAUUUGCACUAAAUACCAGUGAAGUGUUAUUUUGCUUUAGUUGUAUUGCAGUCUUUUUCACAUCAACAAACUUUGGGGGAAAUUCUGUAAAAACAAAAAAUUCAAGACAAAAAAAUCUCAUUGCUAUGUUAAAUAUACAGCUUUUUAAAAAAAAAUUAAAACGAACACUUGUCCCGGCAAGGUUAUAGACGAUUAACCUCCAUUCAUAGACACCUAUAUAUAAAACUAGAAUUUUUUUGUUUACUUUUUAAAUUUUUCAAGUGCAAUUGUUCCUUAUACAUUAAUCACUAUUAAAUUAUCAUUUUAGCCAGUUAUCAGCAAACUGUAGUAUGUAUUCAUUGUCUCUUCUUGUGACGUUUAAUUGCUUAUUUUAAAGCAGAAAUAUUAGAGUUACAAGCGUCUUGCAAUAUUUUUACCAACAAUAAAAUUAAGUAGAGGCUUAACCAUGAAAAUACCUUAGUGUGAUUUUAAUAUUAUUUUGAGAUUUUGGUUGUAUAAAGUUUCAAUGUAAAAUGUCCAUUGUCGAAGGAAAAUAAUCUUUCAAUAAAAAAUACCCACAAGAUCUCUAACACUGACAGAAUCUCCUUUGCAAGUUGACAUUUUUAUUAAUUUCAAGGGACCUCCUAUUUACAUAGCUCUUGUUGAGAAAGAAAAAUUUCAAGGUGUUUUAUGUGGUACUUUAUUAUACUUUUUUUACUAGGUGUUUUUGGAGAAGAAUACUGAAUAGGGUCAAAUAAAAAUAUUUAUCUCAAU